AUGAGCAGCGGGCGCACACCGGAGCCACCACAAUGCCCGUCGGCGCCUUUUUAUCCCCGCAAUGAAUCCUUACAAUGAAACCAGAAGCGCCGAACCUUACCUUUUUGCUUUUGCCACCUACAAACUUCUCGCCUUCGCCAUCGGAACCAUUGGCGUCUUUGGCUUCUGCAACAACGUUCUUGUCAUUCUACUUUACUGCAAAUUCAAGAGACUUCAGACACCGACCAAUUUGUUACUCGUCAACAUAAGUUUGAGUGAUUUGCUGGUUUCUGUCGUCGGGAUAAACUUCACAUUUGUUUCGUGCGUCAAAGGUGGCUGGAUCUGGAGCCAAGCAACAUGCGUGUGGGACGGCUUCAGUAACAGUUUAUUCGGCAUCGUAUCGAUCAUGACGCUGGCGGCGCUGGCCUAUGAGCGCUACAUCCGGGUGGUGCAUGCCCAGGUGGUGGACUUUCCCUGGGUGUGGCGGGCCAUUGCCCACAUCUGGCUUUACUCCCUGGCUUGGACUGGGGCUCCACUCCUGGGCUGGAACCGCUACACACUGGAGAUCCACCGGCUGGGAUGCUCCUUGGACUGGGCAUCGAGGGACCCAAAUGAUGCUUCAUUCAUCCUCCUCUUCCUCUUCGCUUGUUUCUUCGUACCUGUUGGCAUCAUGAUCUACUGCUAUGGGAACAUCCUCUACACAGUACAAAUGCUGCGCUCCAUACAGGAUUUACAGACGGUCCAGAUUAUCAAGAUCCUAAGAUAUGAGAAGAAGGUAGCCGCAAUGUUUCUUCUCAUGAUCUUCUGCUUCCUGGUGUGCUGGACGCCCUAUGCUGUCGUGUCGAUGAUGGUGGCUUUCGGCAGGAAGAGCAUGGUCUCGCCCACUGUGGCCAUCAUCCCCUCAUUCUUUGCUAAGUCCAGCACAGCCUACAACCCCCUCAUCUAUGUAUUCAUGAGCAUAAAGUUCCGACGCUGUUUGCUGCAGCUGCUGUGUUCAAGGUUGUCUUGGCUGCAGCACAGCUUCAAAGAGCGCCCCCUGGCUCCGGUGGAACGCCCCAUCAGGCCCAUCGUUGUUUCAACUUCAUGCGGCAGCAGAAAGAGACCCAAAAAGAGGGUGACCUUCAGCUCCUCCUCCAUUGUCUUCAUCAUUACUAGUGAUGAUUUCCGCCGCUUCGAUGUGACUUCCAAUGCAGAGUCCUCUGCUAAUGUCAUACAAGUGAGGCCACUGUGAUCCCCCAGGACUGCAGCAGUCUUCUCAUUCUGUACUGUUUAGCAGUAUGCCUUAGGACCUGACAUACAAUUCCAAGCCAUAAUCCCCAUCUCCUGCAGGACUUUUUUAAAGGUCCCAUGCCAUCGUUUUUAUUUUUUGGUUCAUAAUCUUUUGUCUUUUUAUCAGGUUUGCAAGGUAAUUUGGGUUUGAAAUGCCCAGGAUGCCCUUUUUCAAGCUAUUGUAGUUGGUCUUUUACACCUGGCAGUUGAGACGCUUGGAUUUCUCAUGUAUAUUCCAUAUGUAAAUAAGAUUUGUUCUGAUUGGAUCACAGUCAUUCUUCAUUCAAAUAUAUGGAAAACAGCUUUUGCUCUGAUUGGUCCUUAGCUGUAUCAUGGUAUCUUGUGUUCACCAAGCGUUCAUAGCGAUGUCGAAUUUCGAUCCUUCGAUGAGGUCCUACUAUCACUGUGAAGCAGACUUCACCAAGCGUUUGUUGGGUUGUUGGCCCACUAAUAGGGAGCGUGAGUGAAAAUAAAGAUAUUUUGAAGUCAGGCUCGUUCUCCGCUCCCAUUCACUUGAACAUAACUGGCGCACGAUGUACUUCGCUCGUGCACAUUUAGGUGACAAUGAUCGCAGGCUUCGCUAUUUCAACCACAGUUUUGAAUUCGAAAUAUCGUUAAGUAUUGUUUUAAACCAAAACACAUGUAUACUUUAAAGACUGUAUGUGUGUGGCUUGGCAACGAUUGAGACUCACUCACUUAAAACCCAGAAAUUACUUGUUGCCAUUCAGCUGAGUUGAAUGAGUGGGUACCAACUACGAAGUGGGCAGGUACUUGAAUAAUUAGUAACUGCAUCACAAAAACACAGAAAUCUGAUAAAACAUCAGAAAAAAAAUCAUUUUGAUGGCGUGGGACACUUUUAAAUAAAUCUUUAAACGUGGAAGUUCAGGAUGCAGUUAAGCAUAUCUAAAUCACUUACACCUGACAGAGUUUAAAAAUGUAAGUAUCACAUUUGAUAUAACAUUACACAUGCUGUUAAAACUUACAACUACAUUUUUAUGCCAUAUUUGUCCUAAAACUGUAGGACUUUGUCAAGUAGUUAUUGAGUUGAACUAUGGAAGUACAUAACUGAUUAUUUGGUUGGUAUCCAAAGGCAAAUGGGUAUAAAUAAUAAAAUGAGACAGCUAACAGUCAUACAUGCUGGUAUUGCACUAUUGUGUAUAUUGAUUCAAUAAAGAGAUACUAUUUUCGA